ACCCACGAAGUGAUGAAAUUCCCGUAAAAAAGAGUUGCCGAAAAGCAGCAAGUCUCUCACGUUGCCCAAACGACGAACCCGCCGAGCGUCGCGACGUCGCGAGUGACCACCAAAAACAGACGGCGACUGACGUCUGCUCGUCUCGUUUCUAGUGUCUAGUGUGUAGGGGUGCUGAUCGAUCGCCAGGCACAACGUUUCAGCAGUUGGUUCGCAGCGGUUCAACGUCGUGAUCAUCGUCUUCGUGGUCGUCACCGCGCGCUGCUGUUGCUUAUUGACAGUCCCCGUCCCCAGCACGCAACUCGUACGUGGAAGAAUCGCGGAUAACACAUUUUUGGAGGUCGUCGAAUACCGUUAGGAGAAAAGUUGGCCGUCGUAAAUCGCGGUCAAAUUGGUUCCGCUUUUACUGUGAUUUCGGAGUGCAAGUGAUAACCCUUUAAGCGGGUCGGAAGGUGUUUUAGUGAUUGGGGAGUGAAGAAAGUUCACAGACCACCAUGGCAGUGUUUGUGUACGUGGGUGUUGCACUGGCGAUCGCCGUGUUGAUCUUCUUCUUCAUGAAGUCUUCCAAGGAGAUGCCCAAAAAUUGGUCACAGUUCGUGUCGGAGCUGAAGGUGCAGCACUGUGGAUUUGUGGGAAUUAUCGAAGAUCUGUUCCUGCGAGGGGCCAACAAAGUCGCACUGUACAAGCAACCCGGCAAAAUUGCCCUCAUCACCGGUGGAAAUCGCGGUAUCGGAUUGCGGAUCGUGAAAAAGCUCGUCGAGUGCGACAUCGAAGUGAUAUUAGGUGUCCGCAAUCCGGCCGAGGCGAAAAAGGUGGUCGAGAAAUACCUGGAGCACAGCAAGGUGGCAUCCGGGGCCAAGCUUCAUUUUGAACAGCUCGACAUCGGCAGCAUGAAAUCGGUGCGGACGUUCGCCGGGAAAAUCCAGUCCAAGUUCGAUAAAAUCCACAUUCUUAUCAACAAUGCCGGCGUCAUGUGCGUCCCAUUCAAACUGACCGAGGACGGCUUCGAGUCCCACAUGGCUAUCAACCACUACGGCCAUUUCCUCCUGACUCAUCUGCUGCUGCCUCAGCUGCGUGCCGCUGGAACUCGUGACAGCCGAGCUCGCAUCGUCAACGUCUCGUCCUGUGUGAACAAAAUCGGCGAAAUCAACUACAACGACAUCAACAUGACCAAAAACUACUACCCCGCGGAGGCAUACAACCAGAGCAAACUGGCCCAGGUCCUGUUCACCAAGCACGUCAACCUGCAGUUCGAGGAAGACGAGGAACCAAUCCAGGCCCACUCGCUGCACCCCGGGGUCGUCAAUACCGAUCUGUUCGAACACUCGAGCACCACCUACAUCCCGUGGGUACGGCAGUUGCUGUUCAAGAACCCGGAGCAGGGAUCCCGGACCGUCGUGUACGCUGCCAUCGCGCCGGAACUGGAGGGCAAAGGCGGAACCUACCUGAGCAACUGCCGCGUCGCUUCCUGCCAUCGCUUCUGGAAGAACUCGGUCCAGUGCGACAAGCUGUUCCAGUUCACCUGUGAUACGCUAGGAAUUAAGGACUUUUUCCACAAGGCGAAGUAGGUGUUAUAGGAGAGAUGGACCCGUCCAUGCUGGGAUAAGCUCCGAAUAGCGGUGCAAUUUAUUCAGUUAUGUGUUUGUUUCCUCCGUUUCUGUGCUCAAAACAACAACCAUCAGCGCAAAUAUAGAGAUUCAUUCUGCUACACUCUUCACGGUGAUGCUUUUAAGGUGUAUUCAGAUUCUCCGGUCGGACUCGAGAAAAGUGGAUCCAUGUUAGUGUUGAAUCAAUGCAAGUAUAAUAAAAAGUAAAACC